UGUGGUCUUCGAUCGCUGAGUCAGCACAAACAAAGCAAGUGAAACAACAUGCCCAAGAAAUCUAAGAGAAGUAGAUCAAGGAACCCUGAAGACCCUCCACACGAGGACAGACCAGCCAAGAGGGGGAGAAAUGAGAACUCUGAUGAUGAGUCACCACUUCCACAUCUGUCAGGAUCUCGCUUCUCCUCUGGUGGAGCUUUGUCUUCUCUAGAGGACCGAUAUGGAGCCAAGGACUACACUAAAGCCCUCUCACUCAAAACAGACCACUCAGCCCGGCCACUAUGGGUGGCUCCGGAUGGUCACAUUUUCCUGGAGGCUUUCUCUCCAGUGUACAAGCAUGCUAAGGACUUCCUCAUAGCCAUUGCAGUGCCUGUAUGCAGACCACAGCACAUCCAUGAAUUCAGAUUGACCCCCUAUUCGCUGUAUGCCGCCGUGUCAGUUGGCCUUCAGACAAAGGACAUCAUUGAAUAUUUGAAGCGCCUCAGCAAGACCUCGCUACCCAUGGGCAUAGAGCAGUUCAUUAAGGAUUGUACUCUGAGCUAUGGCAAAGUGAAGUUGGUUCUUAAACAGAACAAAUACAUGGUCGAGAGCACCUAUCCGGAAGUAUUCCAGCAGUUCCUGAGAGAUGCUGUGAUUCAGGAGACUCGGAAAAUGCCCGGGGAUGACGAAGAAGAGGAGUCUGAUAACCCUCUGGCGACUGGAACCAGCGUACCGCCACUCACUUUUGGUGCCAAGAAGGAUGGGGAGGAAUCAUCGCAGGAUGCACCUGAAGAUACGUCCGCUGUGCCUUCAGAUAUCUAUGACUACCUGGACAAGAUCGACAAAGAUGAAGAGACUGAAGAUCAGAUCGUGAUGUCUUUCGAGAUACAACAAGACAAGCUGGAAACACUUCAAAGAAGGUGUAUUGAACUGGAGUACCCACUGCUGGCUGAGUAUGACUUCAGGAAUGAUACUCACAACCCUGACAUCAAGAUUGAUCUGAAGCCAACCACCAUACUCCGACCGUAUCAGGAGAAGAGCCUUCGUAAGAUGUUUGGUAAUGGUCGUGCUCGCUCUGGUGUCAUUGUGCUUCCCUGUGGGGCCGGUAAGACGUUGGUGGGAGUGACAGCUGCCUGCACCGUCAGGAAGAGGUGUCUGGUGCUCUGCACAUCCGCUGUGGCUGUGGAGCAGUGGAGAUCACAGUUCAAGCUCUGGUCCACUGUGGAUGACCGGCUGAUCUGUAGGUUCACUUCAGACGCCAAGGACAAACCAAACCAGCACACUGCUAUAGCUAUCAGCACAUACAACAUGGUGUCCUACACACAGAAGAGAGCCUGGGACUCGCAAAUGAUGAUGAAUUUCCUACAAGAGAGAGAAUGGGGAAUAAUGAUCCUUGAUGAGGUACAGACAUGUCCAGCGGACAAGUUCAGAAGAACUCUAUCAGCUGUACAAGCUCACACAAAGCUUGGCCUAACAGCUACCCUAGUGAGAGAAGAUGACAAGAUUGAAGACCUCAACUUUCUGAUAGGACCCAAGCUCUAUGAGGCCAACUGGAUGGAGCUACAGAAUGCUGGCUACAUUGCCAAAGUACAGUGUGCAGAGGUGUGGUGUCCCAUGACCCCCGAAUUCUACAGCGAGUAUCUGGGGAUGCGAACUAGAAAGAGAAAGUUGCUCUACGUUAUGAAUCCUAACAAGUUCAGAUACUGUCAGUUUCUGAUGAAGUAUCACGAAAGGAGAAAUGACAAUAUCAUUAUCUUCUCUGACGUAGUGUUUGCCCUCAGGGAGUAUGCCAGACAUCUCAAGAGGCCAUUUAUUGAUGGGCAGACUUCCCAACACGAGAGAAUGAAAGUACUGGACAACUUCAAACACAAUGCAGCCGUGUCCACAAUUGUAAUCUCAAAGGUUGGCGACAACUCAUUUGAUCUACCUGAUGCCAACGUGCUCAUUCAAAUAUCCGCCCACGGUGGCUCACGGAGACAAGAGGCACAGAGGCUGGGAAGAAUACUCAGAGCAAAAAAGGACUCGGUUGCAGAGGAGUACAAUGCUUUCUUCUAUUCCCUAGUGUCACAGGAUACUGAAGAGAUGUACUUCUCUACCAAGAGACAACGGUUCCUUGUUGAGCAGGGAUACAGCUUCAAGGUGGUGACCAAGAUAGCUGGUAUGGAGGAGGAGGCGGAUUUGUCCUUCUCGUCUCGUAAAGAGCAGCUGGAAAUGUUGGAGAAAGUGCUCAAAGCCUCGGAUACGGACGCUGACGAAGAGACUGACUUCGGGGGCGGUAUGGACUCUCAACAUGCGAGUGGCAGUGGUGUCAGUCGGAAGUCAGGGUCGAUGGCGUCCAUGUCUGGAGGAAACGACAUGAUGUAUCUGGAGGUCAAGAAGGGCAAGUCAAAGGAGCAGCACCCUCUCUUCAAAAUGAGGAAAUAAAGACUCUGAACUGUACUCUGAACUGUACACACACGUAUCAGUUUAAUCAUGUGCACUCUAUUGUUAUUAU